GAAGCAGUGCUGUACACGUGUCGCUCGCUCACCUACUUACAAUGGAAAAGAUAGUGGAUGAUAAAAACGCUCUUAGGAGCAAAGAAAGAGAGUUCAUUGUUGACUGUAUCCAUUUAUACCGCGAAUUACCGGCAUUGUGGAAUGUAAAAAGUAAAAUAUACCACGAUCGUUUACAAAAAACUAAAGCUUACGAUUUGCUUUUAGCGAAAUACAAAGAAAUGUAUCCCGACGCGAAGAAAGAGGACGUGAAAAGGAAAUUUAAUAUUCUGAGAACGAAUUAUAGGAAGGAAUUAAAAAAAUACAUUCAUUCUAUGAAACAUGGUGGUUCUACAUACAAACCAUCGCUGUGGUACUUCGAUGAAAUGAAUUUCUUGCACAAUCAAGACGUUUCGUUGGACUCGGCACCUAAGAAUGUAGAAGAAAAGUCGAGAACAAAUGGCCUGGACGAAGAACCGAAAGUUAAACAGUGUCUUACCGUCAUAAAUCAAAAUGAGAGUCGGGACACGACUCAUACAGCUAUGUGUGCACAGAGUAAAAAAGCAAGGCAAGAUGAUCGUAUGAAUUUAACAUACGAGAGAUUAAACGAAGAUAAGGACGAAUACUACCAUUGGGCCAUGGCGUGUGCUGCCGACCUUCGGAAGAUGGAGAACACCCAGCGGCUGUAUGCAAAGAGGGCGAUUGCUGAAGUAAUAAUGGAGGGCCAGUUAGGGUUGCUACACCGUCACUCUGUAAAAGUGAACGCAGCCACCCCUAGCACUGUUUCUGAACCAUUAAAGUCUGUUUAUAGAUUAGACAAUAAUGUAUCGAAUGAAUGAAACCUUAUUGUUGUAAAUUGAAGGUAGAUAUAAAUAUAAGGCAAAAUCUGUACAUAUAAGAUACAUAAAAAAAUCAGGUAGCAAUAAUUCGUCAUAUUGACGUCAUUUUCAGUCACUGACCCCAUAUAGAUUAAAAACUGACGUCUCAUUUGAGUCGUAGACCUCUCCUUGCUAUCUGGGUAUAAGGGGUUUUAGUAGGAGUUAUAGAGGGGAAGGGAUUGUUAGUAAUGGGGAGGCUAGUCCCUAUUGCUAUCAAUACACCCUAUCAGGCCGACCUCCACGCGGUUCCCCCUGGAAACUGUCGCGACUAAUUUACCGUUGAAUUAGUCACGAUGGGCUAACUGACCUGUCUUUUCGUCCUCACCAAUCAUCCCUCACUGGUGCCCCGCCAGUGUGUACUGAUAGCGCAGGCGGAGUUACUAUUUCGUUUUCAUCCAUUAAAAAAAAAAUAGGAGUUAUUGAAAGCGGGGAUGCCGACUCCGUAGGUGAUCAGGGGCUCCAGCACCCACAAGAGGUAAAUAGUGAGUGCAGAGGGGGGAAAGGGAUUGUUAGUAAUGGAGACUGAGAAUCCCAUUGCUAGCAAUAUAUCCAACCAGGUCGACCUCCAUGCGGUUCCCCCUGGAAACUAUCAUGGUUAAUUCCUGAUGAAUUCAUCAUGAUGGGCUAACUGGCCUGUUUUCAUUCUCAUCUAUCACCCUUCACUGGUGCUCCACCAGCGUAUCCCGUUAGCGCAGGCGGGGUUACCAUACUACUUUCACCUAUCAAAAAAAAAAAUAGUGAGUGCAGAGUACCUUUGAUGCUAGACAUCAUAAUUAAAAUAAUCUUCAUGUCAGUAUGUGUGUUGAACUAUUGAGGACAGAAGGGGAAAAAUGUUAGGACACUUGAUACGACACGACAAACUUAUGAACAUUAUAAUAGAAGGAAGGAGGGGGAGAGGGAGACCGAGACAUAGUUACAUCAGGCAGAUCAAGGAAGGAGUUGGUGUCGUGUCGUAUCAAGAGGUGAAGAGACUCGCUGAAAAUCGUAGUGAGUGGCAAGAGCUCCACCGACAAGAGCGCAGCUCUUAAAUAGGAUAGAGAUAGAGUCAGUAUGUGUUAUUUAGGUCGCGUGUGCUUAUCCAGCAAGUAAUGGUAUACUUAGUAAGGUAAUGUACCUAGUUAUCAAUAGAGCAUGAGAACUCACAAGGUUUUCUAGAAACCGGCACCCCAAUAUACAAUUAAAAAAAUAAAUGUUUUGUUAUUUUU